UUUGAGCCCGGGCACGUUUCAGCGUAACACCCGCUUUGUUUUCCUCACAACAGUUAGCUUUAGCUGACUAACGUCAGCGUCACAGCAAUAUAUUUAUUAACAUACUAAUAUAACUUUAAAAGAAGUAAGAAUGAAACCUGCUGUGGAUGAGAUGUUCCCGGAAGGAGCUGGGCCGUAUGUGGAUCUAGACGAGGCAGGUGGCAGCAGCGGCCUUUUAAUGGACCUGGCAGCCAAUGAGAAGGCAGUUCACUUGGACUUCUUCAAUGACUUCGAAGACCUUUUUGACGACGAUGACCUGCAGUGACCCCCCCAUCCUCCAAACACACACGCACACCUGCAUGCGUCUGUGAAUGAUGUACAUAUUAUAAAACAUGUCACUCACAAAUAAAAGCUUUAUUUUAAUGUGAAAAGAA